AUGGAGGUGGCGGAACUGGCGAAUUUGUCUUCAAUCGAAUCUCGUCUUGCUUUUUGGAAGAAAAACAUAAAUGCAAAAAAGGACCUUUUGGGAGCUGCUGCAGAAGCCAUGCUCAAAUGGGUCGAGGACACGGAGGGCGUGGUGGCUGGGCUGCGGGACGAAAUAGCAGCAAAUGAGCAGCAGCAGGAGCAGCUGCGGCUGCUGCUGGGCCUCAGCAAAACUGACUGCGUGUGGCCGCAGCCUUUGAAGUGGUUUGGCAAAUUCUACACUCUUUUCGAGCAGACUGCCAAGGAACUCAAGGAAGCCAAGGUGCGCAGCAGCAGCAGCAGCAGCAGCAGCAGCAGCAGCACUAGUAGUAGUAGUAGCAGUAGCAGGGGGAGUGGCUGCUGCAGCGGGAGUGGCAGCAGCAGCGGGAUAAAAGCAGCAGCGGGAGGAGCAGCUGCAGCGGGAGGAGCAGCAGCGGUAGCAGCAGCAGGAGUGGCAGCACGAGUAGCAGCAGGAGCAGCAGCAGGUGUAGCAGCGGGAAUAGCAGCAGCAGUGGGGAUAGCAGCAGCAGCAGCUGCUGCUACUGCCGGGGCGCUUGGCGCCUGGGAGAGGGAGUACAGGGAAAGCCGCUUGAGGCUAAGGGAAAAAGAGGCUGCAAAGCGAGAGAGAGAGCUGAAGAAGCAGCAGCAAGCAGCAACUUCACCUGCUACUGCUGCUGCUGCUGCUCGCAGGACAGGGACCCUCAAGACGCUUCCCACAAGAGCAGCAGCAGAUGCUCUUGCUAUUCCUGGGGGCCCCACACAGCCUGCUGCUGCUGCUAGUCCUGCUGCUGCUGCUGCUGCUGCUGCUGGGGGCUCCAAGGUGCCUCCCGUGGUGUCUAGGGGCAGCUCUGCCGCACUCUCCCCUGCACCAGCAGCAGCAGCAGGAGAUGCAGCAGCAGCAGCAGCAGCAGCAGCAGCAGCCACACCUACAGCUCCCGCAGUGGCAGCAGCUGGAGACACACCGCCACCUACGCCGUCCUCAACCCCAACGUCAACGCCAGCGUCAACACCAGCAGCAGCAGCAGCAGCAGCAGCAGCUGCUGCUGCUGCUGCUGCUGUUUCUGCUCCAGACUUAUCCUCUCCAUCUGUGAGCGACACAUCCACCAUGUCGCCGCUUCCCUCAGCAGCAAAUCUGUCCGAGCUGCAGCAGCAGGUCUGCAGCAGCAGUGAGGUCUCAGAGGACCCCACGGGGCCCAAGGCGCCCCAUUUGCCCCAGCAGCAGCAGCAGCUGCUGCAGCAGCAGCAACAACAACAGCAGCAGCAACAAGAGCAGCAGCAGCAAGAAGAGCAGCAGCAGCAGCAACAACAACAGGAGCAACAACAACAGCAGCAGCAGCAGCAGCAGCAGCGGCCGCCCGCAACGUUGGCGUGGCUGUUUGCGAGAACCCCAGGCCGUCGGCCUCACGGGUUUUUGCCGCUACAGGGCUUAAGACCUGCUGCUGCUGCUGCUGCUGCUGCUCCUGCUGCUGUUACUGCUACUGGCCCAGCGGCAGCAGCAACCACCCCGCGGCGGGUGAUGUACAGAGCCCUGACUUCCCCAGGCCGAGCCGGACCAAGAGCAGCAGCAACACUAGCAGCAGCGCGCGCUGCUGCUGCUGCUGCUGCUGCUGCUGCUGCUGACUCUUCUGACGAGUCAGAGGGGGCGGUGCCCCUUGGCAGCCCGGGGGUAGAGGGAAGGGCGCAGCAGCCGCUUUUGUUUUCUAGUGACUGCCUCAGCAGCAGCAGCGGCAGCAGCAGCAGCAAGAGCUACAGCAAAAUGAGCAGCAACAGCAGCAGCAGAAGCAGCAGCAGGAACGGCAUGUCAAAGGACAGCCUUGGGCGAAGUUGGCCUCAGGACGACCCGGCGAGUGCUGCUGCUGCGGCAGCGAAAACAGCACCAGCAAGUGCAGCAGCAGCAACAGACGCUGCUGCAGCAGCUUCCGAUGCUGCUGCUGCUGCUGCUGCUGCUGCCAAGAAGCACCCGUGUUUUGACCCUGCUACGUUUACAGUUAUUGGUGAUGCAGAAACAGCAGCAGCAGCAGCAGCCCCAACAGCAGCAGCAGCAAGCGAGAGCCCUCCGCAGCAGCACUCAGUAGGUGACUGCAGCAGCGGCAGUGAGUCGGACUGUUCAUCAGAAGGGGAGCCUCGAGUUGCUGCUGCUCGAGCAGCAGCAGCAGCAGCAGCAGCAGCAGCAGCCGCAGAAACGGCCGCAAGAGGAGCUGCUGCGACGCCAGCAGCAGCUGCUGCAGCAGCAGCAGACGGGGCUCACAGGGGCAGCAGCAGCAGCCGCGCAAGCAGCAAAGAGCGAGAGCCUUCUUACCCUUACAUUGCAGCAGUCUCAAUGCAAAUGAUUUUAAAUAAUUCAAACAAGACAGAAGCAGGGGGGCCCCCGGGGCCCCCGGGGCCCCCGGGGCCCCCGGGGGCCCCUGGGGUGCGCCGAGCUGCUGCUGGGGGGCCCCCUGGGGGGCCCCCGCUGGGGCCCCCUUUGGGGUUUCCGGGGGGCCCCAGGGGGCCCCCCGGGGGCCCCUUUUCAGUACCCAGUGGCCGGAGGGGCCCCCGCCGAAAGACAGCAGCAAGUCCUCAAAAUGACCUGCUGUUUUCGAAGCUAGUGGCGCGGCGAGCUGAGCAGCAGCAGCAGCAGCAGCAGCAAGAGCAGCAGCUGCAGCAGCAGCACCACCUGCUGAAGCUGCAGCGGCAGCAGAAGAGGCGGCUGCAGCAAGAGUCACAGAAGCAACAGCAGCAGCAGCAGCAGCAGCAGCAGCAGCAGCAGCAGAUUGAGGCCCCAGCUGUUGAUACCCGACAACAGCUCUAA